GGGCCAAGAGGCUGCUCAGCCAGCCUGGAACCUGGCCCUGCACUGACCCCUGCCCCAUGCCUCACUUCCAGCCUGGCCCCAGGGCCCCUACCACAGUCAGUAUCAGCCUUGAAGGCCAGAGAACUGAAAAUGCAGGUACGGAAGAAUUCAGGACUCAAGUCCCCAGCUGGUCUCCAGACCUGGAAGAAGAGGGGGAAGCAGAUCCUUGGGCCCUCCCACAGCUGAAAACAUCUGACCAGUCAUGGAAAGAGUUAAGCCGGGCAGGUCGGAUACGCCACGUGGUCAUUGGUGUCUUGAAGGGUUUUGCCCUUCUUGGCCUUCUCUACCUCUUCAUUUGUUCCCUGGAUAUUCUCAGCUCUGCCUUCCAGCUGCUGAGCAGCAAAGUAGCUGGGGACAUCUUUAAGGACAAUGUCGUCCUGUCCAACCCCGUGGCUGGGCUGGUCAUUGGUGUCCUGGUCACUGUGCUGGUACAGAGUUCUAGUACCUCAUCCUCCAUUGUGGUCAGCAUGGUCUCCUCAAAGUUGUUGACUGUUAGAGCCUCAGUACCCAUCAUCAUGGGAGUCAACGUGGGCACAUCUAUCACCAGCACCUUAGUCUCCAUGGCCCAAUCAGGUGCCAGAGACGAAUUCCGGAGAGCCUUUGGUGGCUCUGCUGUCCAUGGCAUUUUUAACUGGCUGACAGUACUGGUGAUGCUGCCCCUGGAGAUUGCAGCCAGAGCUCUGGAAAAACUCAGUGGUCUGGUGGUGGGAGCCUUUACUCUCAACUCUGGGGAGCGAGCACCUGACAUCCUGAAGGUGCUCACACAGCCCCUCACCCAUCUCAUUGUGCAGCUGGACUCUAAAGCUAUCUCAGAAAGUGCCACAGGCAACGUGACCCACAGCAUCAUCAAGCAGUGGUGCGUCACCCGGGAGGAGAUGACUGUGGAAACUGUGCCUGUGAAGAACAUCAGUGAAUGCAGUAUUCAAUCCUGCUUCCCCUGCGGGACCACGCUUUGCCAAGAGAGGAAUGUCACAACCACAGUCAAUGUGGAACUUUGUCACCACAUUUUUGUGAGUUCCACCCUUACCGACCUGGCCAUUGGCCUCAUCCUCCUGGCUGGCUCUCUGCUGGCCCUCUGCUCUGGCCUGGUCCUCAUCGUCCGCCUCCUCAACUCCGUCCUUCAUGGCCAGAUUGCCCAGGUCGUGCGGAAGGUCAUCAAUGCUGAAUUCCCCUUUCCUUUUGGAUGGCUCAGUGGCUAUUUGGCCAUUGUGGUCGGCGCUAUUAUGACCUUCGUGGUGCAGAGCAGCAGCGUAUUCACUGCCGCCAUUGUUCCUCUGAUAGGCAUUGGAGUUAUCAGCCUAGAUCGGGCAUACCCCCUCUUCCUGGGUUCUAACAUCGGCACAACCACCACGGCUUUGCUGGCCGCGCUCGCCAGUCCUGCUGAAAUGCUGCUCAGUGCUGUCCAGGUCUCGCUCAUCCACCUGUUCUUUAACAUGGCUGGGAUUUUGCUGUGGUAUGUGGUGCCUACCCUCCGCCUGCCCAUCCCCUUGGCCAAGAAGUUUGGGAACGUGACAGCCCUUUACCGCUGGGUAGCCGGCGUCUACUUGCUCUUCAGCUUCUUCCUGAUACCCCUGGCAGUCUUUGGGCUGUCCGUGGCAGGAGGUGUGGUGCUGGCGGCCGUGGGAGGGCCGGUGCUGGUGCUCCUAGCCCUGGUCAUCCUCAUCAACGCGCUGCAGCGGCACAGGCCCGCCUGGCUGCCCCGACGCCUGAGAUCCUGGGCCUUCCUCCCGCUCUGGCUCCACUCCCUGCAGCCUUGGGACCGCGCCAUCACCGCCUGCUGCAGGUGCUGCCCGCACAGCGAGGACGAGGACGCUGCCGAUGCCGCCGGCGACAAGGAAGCCCACUGCUUUGAGAACCCCGUUGUCCUGGCCUCCCAGAGACUAUGAAAAUCCAGGUCCUUAUUCUCGCCCCCCUGGGUCACCAAGCCCGGGGAAAGAUGGGGAGGACACCGAGGGGCCUGUGUGGCAUCCACUCCCCACACACGGCUCCACACGGACACGGACGCACCCAGAAAGGUUGCCCCCUUCUCGCUUGGAAAGGGGGGCCCUGGACAGACCCACAGUGCCAUAUUUACCCCGACACCCACCCCAGAAUCCUCUUAUUCUUCCAGAAUAAAUGGAGCUCUCUGUA